AUGGAUGUCCUAUAUCUAGCUUCCUAUAUAGCUCCUAUCGCCUCCCAUCUUGUUCAUGCCGCCACAUCGAAGAACCCGGGCAUCUAUCGCCUGCGAGCGUUGCAAGCGCCUGCAAUGGAGAGCUCCCCACUAGAAAGGCAAGUCACUGAAUUACAAAAUCGCCUCCAGUCCCAGCAGAGAAAUGAGGUCUGCACCCAUGAAAUCGCCCCGCAUUCUAUCUCGCCGGUCGACUGCCAUGGUGAGCUAUCCACGGAUGUUGUGCUUUUGAGUAUGAAUGCCGCUGCAGAGCCGUCAUUUGUCGGUGCAACAUCGGGCUUCUCCCUUUCUCGACUGGUCGAGGGAAUCUUAUCGCAGUCUAUGACAAUGCCAGCGCAUUCUGUGGCCACAGACCAAGAGGAUGUUUUGGUUGAUACGUUUUUCCAACGAGUGCAUCCUCGAUAUCCACUUCUUGACGAGGUUUUGCUUCAAAAUUUAUUCCAGGAGAGGGCCAGUGACGAAGACCACGAUGGCCCUGAUCUCUUCUUACUAUAUAUGGUUUACGCUAUUGCUGCGAGGACCAUUCAGCUGCACCCUGAGAUGCGUCGCUGUACAAGCCCGGAGACAUAUUUUACACGUGCUCUUCGCCAUAUCGAUUCUGCUCUAGCGAGCCAGAGCCUACAACGGGUGCAAGCCCUCCUAUUAAUUGCCAUAUACCUUCUCCGAACUCCAAGUAAUGUGUCAAACCUUGGAAGCUGGCACAUUAUUGGUCUCGCUAUCCGACAUGCGGUCGAGAUGGGUCUUCAUCGCAAUCUUCGUGAUUCUCGGGCGAGACAAUUAAAUUCAGUUGACCUGAAUCUGCGAAAUCGUGUCUUCUGGAGUGCAUAUAUUUUGGAUCGAGCGGUCUCAUUGACCCUUGGCAGACCAUUUGCCCUAGCAGAACAUGAGAUCGACGUUCCGGUACAUGACUCGAGAAAAUACCAAUCCUUCACCCACAUGUGCCAUUUGCGACGGCUAGAAAGCCGCAUCCACCGUGAAAUAUUUGGUGCCGACGUGCACGAAGCGUCGGAUGAAAAGAUUGACUGUUUCCGAUAUGAGCUGGAUGCUUGGCGACUUGCUGUCCCGGUCCCAAUCGAUGCCUCCUUUAAUCUCCCUGGCUACUCGAUGUACGAUACAAGGGAGUUCUUCGAUAUCCAAUAUAGCAAGGCACUCCGUAUGCUCCUUCAACGACGUAUUACCACGACAAAGAAAGAACCAGAAGGAGACGUGUCGAAGACAGCAGAGUAUCUUACACUGAGUGCUCGGGCAGCUGGUGACAUUUGUCAACAUUACAAAGUGCUCCAUCAACGAAGCCCUUUAGGCUGGAAUCUCCUAGCGCUACAUUCUAUCUUCACUGCCGGUCUUACUCUCUUAUACUCCACCUGGACUGGGAAGGAGAGGCCCGAUCUCGUCGCGUUGGAAGACAUACGAGCAUGUUCGAGUGUUCUAUUUGCUAUAUCAGAGCAAUGGCCGUCAACAAAACGGUUCAGGGAUAUCUUUGAAACCCUUACGCGGGAGAUGAUGGAUAUUUUGAAACGCAGCCAAACUCAAAAUUGGAACGGAUUGUUUCCGGUCGAUGCGGAACCGUUUGGGGGUGAGGGCUUUUGGUCGAUUUUUGAUGACUUGGUUGAAGACGAUUACAUUCGCGAUCAGUUCAGGCUUGAGGAAAUAAUGGAAAAUAUUGAAAAGUCUUCUAAAAAGACCACUGAGAAGACCACUGAGAAGACCACUGAGAAGACUACCGAGAAGACCACUGAGAAGACCUCUGGAAAAACCACUGGAAAGACUACUGGAACGACCACUGAAAAGAAAUCACAUGGCCGUUUAUGCGGCUAA